GCUGCUGACGUGUCUGCUCCCUCCCCGCCGCCGGCGCCCGCCAACAUGGCCGCAGCCCCGCCGCCGCCACCGCCGGACCCCCGGCUGCUCCUCGCCCUGCUGCUGCUCCUGCCCCCGCCGCCCUCGCUCCCCCGCGCCGCCGCUGCCGGGCCCGACCUGGGCCGCCGCUUCGCCGAGCGCAAGCGCUGCGCCGACCCCGAGUGCAGCAUGUUAAUGUGCCGAGGGAAGGCAACUCAGGACUUUAAAGGUCCAGAUUGUCGCUUUGUAAAUUUCAAGAAGGGUGAAGCAGUGUAUGUAUAUUACAAACUAAUAGGAAAAUCCACCGAGCUCUGGGCUGGAAGUGUUGGAAGUGAUUUUGGAUAUUUUCCAAAGGAUUUACUUGAAAUAAAUCAUAAUUAUUCCGACGAGGAGCUAGAAUUACCAACAGAUGAAACAGACUUUGUUUGCUUUGAUGGCGGGAGGGAUGAUUUUGAUAAUUAUGAUGUGGAUGACCUUUUGAAGUCAUUGCAAGAGACGAUAGCAGAUGAAGGGGAAACUGAAUCAAGUGGUCCAGGGACAAAACCAGCUGAAGGAAUUGAAAGGGCUGAAGAGACAGCACAGGUUGAUGCAGUAAAGUCCCUUGAUGCUUUGGAGACAGAUAAUCUUGAGCUAAGCACAGAAAAUGACAAGGAAGCCCUCGCCAUGACAGAGCAAGUAGACAAUUCUUUUGCAGAAGGAACUGAAAAUACUGGGGAACACUCCAGUGUCAAUAGUUACGAAGAAAACUCUCAGGGAGAUCAAACUGCACAUGAGCACUUGAAAGGAAUGCUACAUGGGAAACUAAAAGGGCUAGAAAGUGAAAAUACCAAAAACAUUAGUGUUCCUCAGGGUGAAGCCAGUCAGCUUGACAAAGAGAGUGCAGAAGUCAAUGCCUAUUCACUUUUAAACAGAGAGCUCUCUCUGAACUUGAAAACAAAAUUUGGCUCAACUGCUGAUGCUGUUGUAUCAGAUGAUGAGGUGACUCGCCAUGUUACAUCGCUGGAAGAUGAUUUUAAUGAAGAUUUGAGCAUUAAUGCUCCUGAUGCAGAGGAGGAGCCAGACUUCGCAGAUCAGUCAGAAGAAGUCCCUCUACUGUCUUUUACAUCAGAGGAAGAAAUUACAUCACCAGCGGAUUUAGAUGGUGAUGAAAAUGAUGAUGUUGAGCCACCAAAUCAUGAACUUGAUGAAGAUACAAAGGGUGCUACAGAGCUAAAUAACCAAAGAGACAAGGAGGAAGAACACAAUUCAGAUGUAUUAAUUCUUAAGGAUGCCUUCAGUAAGAGCAAGACGUCAGGUCACAGUAUAAAUGUGGACAGGUUCGAACCUCAACAAACAAAAGAAAAACAGGAUGAAGUGAUGCUAAUUAGUAAAAGAGAAGCACCAGCAACAACUCAGCCUGAGGAUCUCUCCAAAGAACUCCUUAGAAAGGAACCUGUAGGUACAGUUGAUCUGGGUUCAAAAGAAAAAACAAACAAAACUGAACAGUCUGAAGAACAGCUCAUAGUUGAUGGCACUGAGUCAAAUACUGAAGAGCUGAAGAGUACAGCUGUGCCUGAUCCUCAUGUUUUCCCUAGUCCAGGAGAUGGUCUGGAGUCCAAAUCAUCUGUUAAUAGCAAGCAAGAUGCUUUUAAACCACUUGCUGGUGAUAUCAACAGAAGUCCAGAAAGAAUGCCGCUUGUUCAAAUACAGAAAGAUGAGAAAAAGUUUGAAGAUGACACCUUGGAAGAGUUCUUGGAAAGUGAUUUAAAGCACACAAAGUUCUGGGAGAAUACAAAGGAGAAAGGAAGAGCUGAGGACAAGCCUUCUGUAGUUCCAGUCAAACCAGUGGAGGAGGUAAAAAAUGUAUCUCAAAGUGAUGUAGGAGGUACUGACCUCUUAAAAGAGAAAGUGGAGCAUGGAAUGCCUGCUGUGGAGAAAGAGCUUCUAAGACAUGAAGAAGGUUUGAAACAAACAGGGGAGACACAUAAUGAAAAUCAAAAAACCACCUCUUUUAACAAAGAACCUGAAAUGAAAAGGGAAAACAUGAAGGAAACCCUUGCAGGAGAGGGAGACCCAAGCUAUAGAGGAGCUGUCAAGCAACCUAGGCCAUGGGAAAAUGAGACGGAGUAUUCAGAGGCAGAUAGGAAAGAAGAGCUUUCAAGAAAUCUUGGCAAGAUGACAGUGUUUGAAGAAAGCAUUGAGAAAAUUUCCUCUGAAGAAAAAUCAAAAAGCACUACAGAGAAUACUAAUACAGAGACUCUUACUCAGCAAGGAACUGCUCGUACUGAGGCCACAGAUUCAGACAGAAUUCUUGGCACAAAUUUAGCGAAAGAAAGAACAGCAAGACCAGAAUUGCAAUCUGAAGGGCCAGAUGCUGAAGAUGACCCUGACCUGAAACAAGUAGAGGAAGAGCUCCUGGAGGAUGAGAAUGCUGCAAGUGCAAAGCUCUCACAAGCAAAGGCUGCAAAUGUACAGGGUGAUACACUAAAUGUUAAAAGUACAAACCCUGAAUUAGAAGUACUAAGCAAAGCUGUUUUGGGAACUGCAAAUCCUACUUACAAAACAGGAGAGGAGGCUAAAAAAAUGAUCAGCAUGCAAGAUACAAGUGAGACUGGGAUCAAAGACGUUGAUGUACCGGUGAGUGAAAAUGCUAAAUUGGAUGAGGUGGAACAUGUCUUGGAAGAUGAGGAGGAGUCUUCUGAAGCUGAGGAACCAUCAGCUGUGAAAGAACAUAAUUUCCAGUCUCCUUACAGAGAAGACAACGACUUUAACCAAAGGAAAGACCAUCUCCCAGAGGGCAGCUCACAGAAAGACUCAAAAGAGGUGCAAAAUUUAGAGCAUGCAAGAACUGACCACCAGCCAUCUGCGCAUUUCCCCAGCCCUGCUGACCGCUCAGCAGCCACAAAUGACACUGUGACAGACUUCAGUGAGUCUGUGAAGCGGCUCACAAUAAUGAGAGAUUUUCUUGAUGAAAAGCGUGUAGCACGUCUACGAAAGUACCUUGGGCUUCAGCACAUGUUUAGGGUAGAAGCCAUGUUUUACGACAUGAAAGUAGAGAUGGAGCUUGCUCGAAAGGCAAGCCAUAAUAAUGAAGAUCUAGAAGAAGCUCUGGACCGCAUACUUGAGUUUUCAGAAUCAAACAUCAUGGAUGUUGUGGGAAAAGUUCUGGAUUCCAGAGUGGCAGAAAAUCAAGAGGAGGUGGUGAAAGAGAUGGAUUUGUAUGAUGAGGAGAGUGCACUGAUGGAUGAUAUUCAAGAAUUAAUAUAUUCUUUAAGGAGUAAAUAUUCAUCAGCUAGUGAGAGCGUCCCGCUUGCAACUGUUCCAGAACAGGAAGAUGAUCAGCCACCUGUUCAAGAUGCUGCAAAAGAGGCUGAAUAUGACAGAGUUUCCAUCAAAAACCCAAAUGUCGUUGAUGAGAUCAAUGAGGAAUUUCAACAGCUUGAAGAUAAGAAGCCAGAACAGUCAAUUGAGGAGGAGAGGGCUGUUAAUGUUCCACCUGAGCAUGAAGAGACCAACUUCUCGGAUAAUAGAGAAGCUGAAGACGGGUACGAUAGCGACAGAGGAUCGUUGCUGGAAGAUACUUCCUUUGGGUCAACUGAUUCUGGACAGAGUGCUAAGGAAGAUAUUGCUGCAGGACGCGGGGCGGAUCCGGACGCCGCCUCCCGGGCAGCCCUGAGCGAAGCGACGCCCGCGGCGCGCGAGCUCCUGCGGCGGUUGGUUGCUACCCUGCCUGAGGAAAUUCGUCCUGGGCCUGAUUUCCAUGGACUUCCAUGGGAGCCUAUUAUAGUCACUGCCUUAGUGGGAAUUGCCACGCUUGCUAUAAUUUUCUGGAGAACCUGCCUUUCAGUAAAGAGUAGAAUAUAUCAAGUGACUGAAAAGCAACUUGCUGAAAAGGUUAAAAACCUUCUACAAGAAAAAACAGAAAUCUUAGCAAAGAUGUCAGAAUAUGAUCAAAAGAUAAAAGAAGCAAAGGAAUCUGUGAAAGUGGCCCAAGAACAAAAGGACAUUCUCUCUGAUGAAACUGCAGGACUUAAGGACACUGUUAAAGAACUGGAAGAAGCAAAUCGUCAGCUAGAUGACAAAGUAAAAAAAUUGCACACAAUGCUUGAAACAGAGAGAAAAAAGAACGAAAAGAAACAGAACAAGAUCUCUGAAACCCAAAAGUCCUUGGAGAAACUUCAAGAGGCUGUCAGUGUGCAUUCUGUAGAGCUUUCAGAGGUGCAGAUAGCCCUUAACGAAGCUAAACUAAAUGAAGAAAAGGUGAAAUCUGAGUUGCAUCAUGUGCAGGAAGAGAAUGCUAGGCUGAAAAAGAGCAAGGAACAAUUACUAAAAGAAGCUGAAGGUUGGAGUGAGAGGCACACCGAGCUCAGUGAGCAGAUCAAACUGUAUCAGAAGUCUCAGAAGGACAUAGAAGAAGCACUCGCCUAUAAGGAAAAUGAAAUUGAAGUUUUAACAAACUGCAUCAUGCAGCUGAAGCAGCUUGACAUGGAUUCGGCAUCUGAGGCCAAGAAGGAUGGUGAAGGGCAGGAGUGGAGCACAGGAGACGAUCUGGCCAAUGGAGAGUUGCCAGAUAACGAGAAUGAGAAGAUGAAGGCUCAGAUUAAGCAGAUGAUGGAUGUCUCCAGGGUAAAAACUAUGUUAUCCAUAGUUGAAGAAGACAGGAAUCUUCUGCAAUCCAAACUGAGUGAUGAAGUAGCCGCAAGACACGAGCUGGAAGAGCAAAUAAAAAAAUUAGAACAUGACUCCUGUUCGCUCCAGUCAGCCAAGGCUCGCCUGGAAAAUGAAUGCAAAACACUGCAGCAGAAAGUGGAGAUUCUUGGGGAACUUUACCAGCAGAAGGAGAUGGCACUGCAGAAAAAACUGACCCAGGAGGAGUAUGAGCGUCAGGAGAAGGAGCAGAAAUUGUCUGCUGCAGAUGAAAAAGCUGUGCUGGCCAUCGAGGAAGUGAAAGUUUACAAGCAAAGGAUCCAAGAUAUGGAAGAAGAAUUGCAAAAAACUGAGAGAUCUUACAAAAACCAGAUUGCCGCUCAUGAGAAAAAGGCACAUGACAACUGGCUUAUUGCCCGCUCUGCUGAGAGAGCUCUGGCUGAAGAAAAAAGAGAAGCAGCCAACCUGAGACAAAAAUUAAUAGAAGUAAACCAAAAAAUCGUCAUGCUUCAAAGACCGUUAAUUGUAAAGCCAACUCCAGGCAGACCCGAUCGCCAAGUCCCACCGCGACGAGGGCCCUUAAGCAGAGAUGGCUCUUUCGGCCCAUCACCUGUGAGUGGCGGGAAUCCAUCACCCACACAGAUGAUAGAAGUUCCUGCUCGACCUCUUUCUGCUCCUCGAAGGGAAGGCUCGAGAGGCGAAUUUGUGGUAGAUGGCCCUCCUGUUCCACGAAGGCCACCAGAGUUACCUGGAAGGAUGUCUGUUCCUGAUCUUGGGCCUGCUGUAGCGUCCCUGAUCAGUAGUGGGCCAAGAACCUCCUCCCCUUCCACAGCACUGGAUGGAGUGCAACCCUCUCCCAAAGAGUCUGAAGCCCCCUGUGUCACUUCUGAUUCGCCUUCAUCUAUUGAACCAGCUACAGCUAACCCUAGUCCCAAAGGCCCACCUUCUUUCCCUGGGACGCCUGUCAUGACCUCCCCAGUGAUGGGACCUCCGCCUCCACCGCCUCUUCGCUACGGACCGCCGCCAGCUCCUCUCCGUGGGCACUUUGGGCCUCGACCUCUUCCCGUGCCCCUAGUUCGCGGUGCUCCCUUGCCACCUCCAGCUGCACGAGAUUUCUUACCUGGCCCACCCCUAGGAGUGAGAGAUCUGCCUCCUGGCCCACUGCCGCCGCCUCCGGAUCCAAGGGGCUAUGGACGUGGGCACCCUCCUUUUCGACCCCUAGGUCCUCCGGGCCCAAGGGAUUUCCCUUUGGGCCCAAGGGAUUUCCCUCCGGGCCCGCAGCUACCCCCACCCCCGCCUGGUUCAAGAGACUAUACACCUCCUCCUAGCAGAGACUUGCCUCCAGCGGGACCCAGAGACUACCCUGCAGGCCCUCCUCCACCACCAGGCUCCAAGGACUACACACAGCCCCCCGCCCAGAAACCCUGACUGCAGCGUCUGCUCAGCAGCUCAGCCGAAUGGACUCUAGCACACUUCCUGCGGUCAGGAUUUUAGGAAAUGGUUCUCUAUUCGAAGCCAUUUGUCUCAUUUCAGUAUAUUUUGGCUUUUGCGGGAUUAAUUUUUAUCCAAUUGCUACAGACAUCUUAUGUGCAUUUAUGAUCACCUUAAACUCAUCCAUCCUCUUGGGCUGCAAGAACCUUCUUGUGAUGGACUUGAACUUACUCUAAAUGUGCAAUAGGAAGGAAGUACCUGUGUGGCUAGUUUUAAUUAAAUGUAGCCUCUGUAACCAGUUGGUGAAUGAACUAAUUUGGUGGAAAAUGUAAAUCAAAUCAUUUCCUGUGGAAAUAAUUUUUAAGUAAAAUGCUAUCCUACCUGCCUUCUCCAUCACGUUAUUAAGCUGCAGUUACUGUAGGCCAGGGGUUUACAUGAGGACUGUGAGGUGGUGUUUUUUGGUUUUGUUUUUUUUUAAAAGAUGUCUGGUCAGAGAUCAGAAGCACAAAUGACACUGUAUUCAAAGGAAAGUUAUAAUAAAAAGCAAAAUUCCUUUUGCUAAACCCUGAA